UGCCUGGAUGGCGCGUGUGACCCGGUAACAGGACAGGCUGUUUGCCACCCUGGGUCAGGCUUCGCCUGUGAUCAGUGUGCCCCUGCAUACUUCAGCUACCCCCUGUGCCAGCCCUGCAGCUGCAGUGCCGUGGGCUCCCUUUCCGGGGGAUGUGACCAGUUUGGUCGCUGCCAGUGCCGCCCCGGGUUCCAGGGCCCACGCUGUGAGGAGUGCCUCUCUGCCUUUCUCUCAUACCCGUAUUGUCAAGUGUGCUCGUGUGAUCCCAGGACCUCCCUGGACUCGGACUGCGGUCCGACCGGACACUGCCGCUGCCGGCCCAAUUUUGCCGGCCCGUCAUGUGACCAGUGUGCGCCCGGUUACUACGGUUACCCCAGCUGCAUACCCUGCCAGUGCUCCCACGAGGGCUCACGCUUCAGCUCCUGUGAUCAGUUGACAGGACAGUGCAGCUGCCUGCCCAGUGUCGUAGGUCAGCACUGCGACUCCUGCAGCCCCGGGUCCUAUGGCUUUCCGCUGUGCCAAGGGGGCACUUGCAACCCGGCCGGUUCGCUGCAGAUUGAGGCCUCCCCUGCCGGCUCGUGCGAGUGCCGUGCGUGUGAGGGCCUAGCGUGUGACCAGUGUAAACCACUGUACUGGAAACUCUCCUCCGACACCCCGUAUGGAUGCUCCAGCUGCGAAUGUAACACAGACGGCACCAUCAGCUCGGUGGCGGAGUGCGUUCAGAGCACGGGGCAGUGUUACUGCAAGCCCGGUGUCUGUGGCGGGACCUGUGCUGUGUGCAAAGAUGGCUACUUUAACCUGCGCAGUGACAGCUUCUUUGGCUGUCAGGGCUGCCAGUGUGACAUCGGUGGGUCUGCUGGACUGUCGUGCGGAGAGAGGAACGGACGCUGUCGAUGCCGUCCCAAUGUGGAGGGACUCAAAUGCAACCAGCCCCGUCCGGAUCAUUACUUCCCGGACUUGCACCACCUGAAGUUCGAACUGGAAGAUGGGAGCAUGCUGGACGGCCGGUCGGUGCGCUUCGGCUACGACCCGCUGGAGUUCCCUGGCUUCAGCUGGAGGGGUUACGCCCAGAUGUCGCCCAUCCAGGUGAGAGUGAUGGUCACUGUGCUCGUUGGUUCCCCGGACCUCUUCCACGUGGUCCUGCGCUACGUUAACCGCGGCGUCAGCGGAGUGUGGGGACGCGUGUCUGUGCUGGAGGACAGGAGGAACUUUGUCUGUGGCAACUGCUCAGCGCAGUCCAAACAGAUCCUGUUCUCCCCGAGCACGGAGCCCACCUUCAUCCACGUGCCACAGAACAACUUUGUGGAGCCGUUUGUGCACCCCGGCAUGUGGACGGUGGUCAUCGAGGCCGAGGGCGUCCUCCUGGUGGGACUUCUGGUGCUGCUGCCUAGCGCGUACUACGAGGCUCCCAUCCUGCAGGUCACAGUCACCGAGCCGUGCACCUACGCCCCCCUGCCGGACGCCAGCCAGAACUGCCUGCUCUAUACCUACCUCCCCCUGGAUGUCCCUCACGUCUCCGGCACAGAGCUCAGCUGCCAGUCCGGGAACCACCUGCCCCGGCUCUGCCACACGAAGAGGAUCACAGCAGAGCACCCCCCCAUGGCCGUGUGCACGGGCAACGACGUGAGUGCUGGCCGCAGUGUCUGUGUCUGUCUAUAUGUGCCACCCGGGGACUACGCCAUGGUGGUGGAGUACGCCAGCGAGGGGGAGGCCCCCCAGAGCCUGACGGUGUCAGUCAGCGUAGUGGGAGGGGGCACCCAGCUGGAGUACCUCACUCUGCUGCACUGCAGCUACAGCUUCCUGUGCAGGGUGGUCGCCGUAGACGACAAACAUCGCGUGGCCUUCUUCAGCCUGUCCGCCUCUGCCGAGGUCCAGCUUGUCGCGGACGCUGCCACUUUCUUUCUGCACAAGGUCCACCUGAUCCCCCGUGAGAGCUUCACCAUGGAGUUCCUGGAGCCCUCGGUGUUCUGCAUCAGUUCCCACGGCUCCUUCCCCCCGGCAGGCCUGCGUUCCGUCCCGCUCCAGACCCCCUCCCGCGCCUUGGUGCUCAAGGAGGGCCAGCCGUCGUCAGUCCCAGAGCAGGUCCUAGCACAGCCACCAGAGACCCCACCCCCUACAGACUCCGCCCACUUUGUGUCACGGAAGGCCCCGCCCACUGCAGCGGACGAAACGGAACAUGUUCGGCUGGACUCCUCCCAGAACGCAGUGACCUACUCCACCCGAGUGUUACCUGGGCCCUACGUCGUCAUCCUGCACCACCACCAGCCCCUCUAUGCCACCUUCAUGCUCCACGUCUUCCUCAACGGCGGCCGCGUCUGGCAAGGCCACGCCAACGCCACAUUCUGCCCCCACGCCUACGGCUGCCGCAGCCUCAUGGUCGCCGAGAACCAGAUCAUCCUAGACGUGACCGACAACGACGUCAUCCUCACCGUGCAAGUGCCCAACGGCAAAACGCUGUGGCUGGAUUACGUCCUGCUGGUUCCCGAAGAGAGUUACAGCUCUAAUUACCUUGACGAAGAGCCCCUCGACAAAUCCUACGACUUCAUCAGCAGCUGUGGCCAAAACAGCUUUUACAUAAACCCGACCACGUCCUCGCGCUUCUGCCGAACGUCGGCCGCAUCGCUCUCGGCCUUCUUCAACAACGGGGCGGUACCAUGCGCCUGCCAUGAGGCCGGGGCCUCGUCAGACACCUGCGAGCCGUUCGGGGGCCAGUGCCGCUGCCGGCCGCACGUGAUUGGCCGGGACUGCUCGCAGUGUGCCACUGGUUACUGGGGCUUCCCCAACUGCAGACCCUGCGAAUGUGGAGCACAGCUAUGCGAGCCCAUGUCGGGGGAGUGCAUCUGCCCACCCCGCACGGUGCGCCCAGAAUGUGUGCGGUGCGAGCCCCAGACGUUCGGCUGCCACCCCCUGAUCGGAUGUGAGGUCUGCAACUGCUCCCAGCACGGAGUGGCCGCCAUGGACACCAACUGCGAUGCGGAUAGCGGACAGUGCAGGUGCAAGAACCACAUCGUGGGUCGUCAGUGUGACCGCUGUGUGCCCGGGUUCUACGGUUUCCCACACUGCCGCCGGUGCGACUGUCACGAGGAGGGCACAGAGCGCGACGUGUGUGACCCCCACACGGGCAGGUGCCUCUGCAAGGAGAACGUGGAGGGCCCCCGGUGUGACCAGUGCCGCAUUGGGACCUUCCUCCUGGACCCUGCUAACCCCAGAGGCUGCACCAGCUGCUUCUGCUUCGGCGCGACAGAUCGCUGCCGCAGCUCGGACAAACGCCGAGCCGAGCUGAAGGACAUGAAUGGGUGGAGCCUGCACUCGGGAGACCGACAGGAAGUGCCCGUCUACACCGACCUGAAGCAGGACCUGGUGGGGGCCGACCUGAGGGACGUGCCCGAUGUUUAUCAAGACCUGCACUGGCACGCCCCCCCCCGCAGCUACCUGGGCGACAAGGUGUCGUCCUAUGGGGGGUACCUACGCUACCAGCUGUACUCCCAGACCCAGCACGUAAGGGGCGAUGGUCUGGAUUUGCCAGCAGAGACCUUCCGGCCUGACGUCAUACUCAAGGGGAGCCAGAUGACCGUGGUGUACAUGGAGAAGGAGUACCCCGAUCCCGGCAGUCCCCACAAGGGGGCAGUGCACCUCGUGGAGGGAAGUUUCAGGCAUGCUCAGACGGGCAACACGGUGUCUAGGGAGGAGCUGAUGAUGGUGCUGAGCAGCCUGGAGGCCCUGCACAUCCGCGCGCUGCACGCUCAGUCGUCACUGGACGUGUCCCUACGCCAUGUGGUCCUGGAGUAUGCAGACCACUCGUCCAGCAGGGAGCCGGCCAGCAGCGUCGAGAUGUGCCUCUGUCCCGCCAACUACCAGGGCGACUCCUGUCAGCGCUGUUCUCCCGGGUACUACAGAGAUGGCAAGGGCUUGUUCUUGGGGAAAUGUGUCCCCUGUAACUGUAAUGGACACUCUGACCACUGCCUGGAUGGAUCAGGGAUAUGCAUGGACUGCCAGCAUAACACCGCGGGUGACCACUGCCAAAAGUGCCGCGGCGGUUUCCUCGGCAACUCCACGCUCGACGGCCACGCCCACUCCUGCACCAGCUGUCCCUGCCCCCUGCAGGUCACCUCAAACAAUUUUGCAGAGGGCUGUGUGGAUCGCCUGGGCCACAUGCAGUGUCUGUGCAUGCGAGGCUACAGCGGCCCCAACUGUGAGAGAUGUGCUCCAGGUUUCUAUGGCAACCCCAUGGUGAUCGGCAGCACGUGUCAGCCCUGUCAGUGCCACGGCAACACCGACCCCAAUAUGCUGUUCAGCGACUGCGACCCGCUGACAGGCGUGUGCCGAGGCUGCAUGCACAACAGCGCUGGGCCGCACUGCGAAACCUGCGCGCCAGGUUUCCACGGUGACGCCAUCGACUCCAAGAACUGCACCAGAUGCAGCUGCUCUCCGUGUGGCACUGCAUCAUGUGACCCACACACAGGGCAGUGCCACUGUAAACCCGGUGUGACGGGGGCUCUGUGUGAUCGCUGCGAGGCCGGCUCGUUCGGGUUCGACUCCUGCAGUGGCUGCCGGCACUGCGACUGCGAUGCGGCUGCCGCCCUCUCGCUGCCAUGUGACCAGAACAGCGGAGCGUGUGUGUGCCAGCCUGGCGUUAACGGGCCCCAGUGUCAGCAGUGUGCCCCCGGUUACUGGGGAUACGGGCCUGACGGCUGCAGGGAGUGUAAAUGCCGGACUGGGCUUUGUGACCCCCGCACGGGGGAGUGCCGCUGCAGCCCGGGCCUGAUGGGGAGGCAGUGUGACCUCUGCGUGGAGCACAACAGCGUCCCUGUGCUGACCGCCGCAAACUCAUUGCACUGCCAGAGAUGUGACAGCUGUGUCACGACCUUGCUGGAUGAUCUGGAGCGCCUGGGCGACCUCUCCCAGUUGGGGGACCUGAACGCUAGCUCCACCGCCUGGACGCGGCUGCACAACCUGAACAUCUCCAUUGCUGCUGUGGCUGAAAACCUGGAGACGUUUAACCAGACUUUGGAUGACAAUAGGAACAGGAUGUACGUGCUGGAGAACGAAGCCCGGAUUAUCGCGUCAGACACGGACGACCUGGAGAAGAAGGCGAAUUUGACGAGGAAGAAAGCGACCGACCUGAAACACAACGUGAAUGAGACCCACCAGCGUGCCGAGGGCCUGCUAAAGCACAUCCGGAGCAUUGUGGGAGAAAUCAAAGACUUAAUAGCCCAAGCUAACAGCACAUCCAUGAACAAGACUGAAGAAUCAGUGGAGGACCUGUCAGAGAAGCUGGCCCGGGUGGAGGACAUGCUGCGGGAGAUGAGCUUCAAGGACUUCAAGCACCAGAAGUACCUGGCAGAUACGGAGCUGGCAGAGGCCAAAAAAUUAAUUGACCGAGUGAAGAAGGAGAUCGUGAACCUGUUUUCCCGCAAUGAAGACCUGAUGAAGAGCAUCAGAAACAAGCUCGCGAAGUUCCACGACGAGCUCAAGGACCUGAGGAAUGCCCUCAGCGAAGCAGAGAACAACACAGCCCGUGCAAUGGAGACAAACGGCAUCAACGAGAAGAGGCUGGAGGACGUCCUGCAAAGAGUUCGGGAUCUGCAGAGCCAGAAGAAGAUGGUGGAUGACCUGUUACAAAUGGCAGAGGAUGCUGUGACCCAGGUCAAUGACCUUCUGUCCAUGCUACAGGACUCCAAGGAGGAUUACGAGCGCCUGGCUGCCAAGUUAGAUGGAGCUCGGAAGCCUUUAGCAGAGAAGGUGCAAAAGUUUGCCCCCGCAGCAGCCAAGAUCCCAUUGGUGGAAGAUGCAGAACAACACGCCAAGCUACUGGACGAGCUGGCCAAUAACCUCACUAGCGUCACCGCGACCACAAACCGGGACGCUUUCAUCCAGCGCUUGGUGAAUGCAUCGCGCGCCUACACCAACAUCGUCAGCUCCGUCCGGGAGGCAGAAGCUGCCGCCGACGCUGCCUUGCAGGCCAGCAAAGAGGCCCUGGAGAUUGUGCAAGGUGAAGACCUUGGUGUGCUGGCCAGUGCACUGAAGAACCAGAGCAACCGUCUUGUGGAGGAGGCCAAGAAGCUACAGGACAGGCUGGCUAAAGAUUUGAAACCACAACUGCAAACCACACACUCCCAGCUGCAAGACAUGAAACAUAAAAAGCACUCCCUAUCCAAGGAUCUCGAGAUGCUCAGGAAAAAUCUCAAUUUCAGCCGAGAGGACACGUCGAGAGACAUCGCCGACGCCAAGCAGGCAGCGGAGAAGGCGAACACCACGGCGAACCGGGUGAAAGACCAGUUGCGUCCCAUCCAACAGCAGCUUGACGAGUGGAAGACGCAGUACGGCGACUCUAACAUGACGAACAAGGACCUGGACACCGCCUUCAUGGAAGCCAAUAAGUCAGUGGGGAUGCUGGCUGAUACCAUCCCACUGCUGAUCAAGAAGCUGGACGGGCUGCAGAACCACUCAACCCAGGCGCCCAACAUCUCGGAGAACAUCAUGAGGAUCCGAGAGCUAAUCGAGCAGGCCCGGCGGGCGGCCAGCAGGGUGAACGUAGCCGUGAAGUUUAACGGCACCUCGGCCGUCCAGGUCCGUAACCCGGAGAAUCUGGCGGACUUGGCCGCCUUCACCUCCCUCAAGUUUUACAUCACACUGCCGGAGGCGCUUCGGAGGAGGAGGCAGACUGAGGUCAAGAAGCAGUUCGUGCUCUACCUCGGCGGCAACAGCUCCGACACCGACUUCCUGGCCGUGGUCCUCGAGGGGUCGAAGCUGCGGUGGAUGUACAAGCUGGGCGGACAAAUUGCUGAUGAUCUAGUGCAGGAGAACAUUAAAUCGGAUGGCAGCUUCAACAGCGUCCUCCUGCAGAGGACGCUGCAGUACGGACAGAUCGCCGUCGGCUUGGGGGAACCUGACCAGGAUCAAGUGAAGAAGACCACUAUGGGGAAACUGGAGGUCAAAGGUGACCACGGCCUUCUGAACCUGGCCCCAGGGGACACCGUCUUCUACGUGGGGGGGUUCCCCGACACGUUUAAGCCUCCCCCCGAGCUCCCGAAAGCGGGCUUUGAGGGCUGCAUCGAGCUGGAGACCCUGAAUGAACAAGUAGUGAGCCUCUACAACUUCGAGCAGACCUUCCAGCUGGACACCACCGCUGUCAGGCCUUGCGGAAGGGUCAAGCCAGUCUUGAACGAGCCUUGGGUCAAUGACGGCGCGUACUUCGACGGCACUGGGUAUGCAGAGAUCCCCCUGCCGUCGUCAGAGAACCAAAAGCGGUUCGAGCAGGAGGUCCGUGUGCUGUCGCAUAGUGGCAUCCUGCUGCUGCUUCUACACCAGACGAAAUUCCUGUGUCUAGCCAUCGUCCAGAGAAGGCUGAAGCUCUUCUAUGACUUAGGUGCCGGGAUGGAGGAAGAGACUCCUUUGUCAACCCGAUUACCGGAGGACUUCGUGAUCAGUGACGGGAAGAACUAUGUGGUGGAGAUCAUCCUGCUCGGGAGCGCAGACUCCCGAGCAAGGCUACUGUUACGCAAAAACAGGAUGCCCUUGUUCCAAAACUUCAACAUCAAUGGCUCCAUUCCCAACUUCAGCGGGGUUUACUACAUGGGAGGCGUUCCUGCCGAUAAGCUUCCAGAAAGCCUGAAGACUCUCUACCCGGGUAGAACUUCUAUCCGAGCUUGCUUCAGAAACAUCAAAGCUAUGAGUGCUCACAUCGACCUGAAGAGGGUCAACACCUCCGGGGUCAGCUACGGAUGUCCUGCUGACCUCCUGAUCGCCAGACAGGCCUAUUUCUCCGGUGUGGGUUAUCUGGAGCUACAGCUGCAGGAAGUGCCCCCCCUUCAGGACGGCUACUACGCAGGAUUUGGCUUCCGCACCGAGCAGACACAUGGACUGAUGUUCUACCACCAAGCCAAGAACGACAUCUGCCAGGUCUACCUAGAUAAUGGCCAUGUGGUGGUGGAGUCGGGCAGCAGUGCGGCGAAGACUCUGAAGACCUACAACGAUGAAAGCGAUCACUACAUAGCCUUCUACAGCAACAGUCAGGGGCUUCGCGUGUUCAUGGACGACGUCUUGGAGAAAACGGUGAACUUCUCUGCGGCUGGGGCCGGCAGCCUGGAGACGAGGGACGACGGCUUGUAUUUGGGGGGGGCACCGCAGAUGUCCAACCUCACGGGCUGCAUCAGCAACCUGUUCAUCAAACGCGAUGCAGAGUUCCAGAUGGUCGAGGAUCUGGUGACGGCAAAAAGGAACGUGGAUAUCCUGUUUACCUGCCCUGCUGCCAAAAGACCAUGGAAGAUCAUGGCCCCCACUCGCAGUAUGAAGGUGAAGGGCAAGAAAGCACACGGGAGGUCCGGGAGCCGUAGAACACGGGAGUCCUGUCAGGCAGAAUUGGCCUCCCACCAGGAGGGGGCGCUGCAGUUCAGCAGAUCCUCACAGAGCUACCAGCGCUUCGACACACUCCCUGACAGCUUCAGGAAGAUGCCCCAUUUCUCCCUGGGGGUGCGUGCAAACUCCUCAGAGGGCACGAUCUUGCAUACUGCUGAUGAGAGGGGCAGAAUCGGAAUGAUGCUGUCACUGUCUAGUGGACACUUCGUCCUGCAAGUCGAUGGCGGCCGCAGGAAGGACACUUUACGCAGCCGCAGGAAGUACGACGACGGCCAGUGGCACACGGUCUUUGUGAGGAGGGAUGCAGAGACGGUCAGCUUGGUUGUUGAUGGAAUCAACUCUCACACUCGAAGGGUGUCUUUUGGAAGGAGAAGCCGUGUGGUGCCCCCCCUCUACCUCGGUGGUCUCCUUCUCAGACACCCAAGUUCGGUAAACGUGGCACCAGCGUACGGCGGGUUUGUCGGCUGCAUCCGAGACGUGAAGUUGAACGAGGAGCCUCUGGGGGCGCCCUCUCGCUCCGUGGGGGUGGUGCCCUGCUUCCAGGAUGCCCAGCAGCCUGGGCUCUACAUCUCCAGCCAGGGAGGACACGUCUUAGUCGAUAACACCCUGUUAGUGGGAGGAGACCUCGAGAUCCAGCUGGAGGUGCGUGUGGUUGGCGACUCUGGCCUGGUGCUGCACGCUGGGGGAGAAGGAGACCAUCAGCUGACACUCUACCUGAACCAGGGGGAGGUCACGGUCGUGGUGAAUAACGGAAACGGCCCGUUCUCCGCCUCCCUGUCAGCCGCGCAGUCGCUGUGUGAUGGCCAGUGGCACCGCAUCAAAGUCGUUAAGAAUGGCAGUUGGGUCCAGCUUGAUGUGGACAGGAGCAGUCGGAACUCCACUGACCCCGCACAGGGCGUCCACAUUGGAGGAGAAUCGACGCUCUACCUCGGGGGUGUGCCGGAUGAUGUUGAAGUCCCCGGCCUGCCGUCCCCUCUCCCCUCACUCCAUGGUUGCUUCCAGGGGCUUUUAAUUAACCGGCAGCGUGUGAACCUGGCCAAACCACUCUUAGUCCGCGGGGGGGUCGGAACCCAGGGCUGCCCCGUUGUGUAACAGUACAGACUCUUCUCUCCCAAGACCUUCUACAUGCUUGUGAUGCUUCGGUGGUGGGGCUAACCUUUUAUUUAAACAUAUUUAUGAUUUUAAAAUUGUUUAUAAAAUUUAAGGGGAAAAAAAUCAGCACUAGGGACCUUCAGUAAGCUGGUCGGUCCGGGGAGCACUGUUCCCUCACACCUGCUGCACUGUGGAUUUCAGGAUUUCCUGAUGGUCUCUCCCCCCACCCCCCCCCGUGUGUGUGGAGUUUGCAUGUUGUUCUUGUGCGGUGCAGGAUUCCUAUGGGUACUCCAGUGUCCUCUCACUGCCCAAAAACAUGCCAUUAGGCUAAUUAGUGUUCCACACAGUACAUGUGCAUGUGUGUGCUCUGUGAUGGACCCUGUACCCCCAGCCCUGCGCAGCCUGUGAUGGGCUCCAGGCCUCCAGGCCUCCUGCCGCAUGAAAGUGGUCACAGGAUGGAUGGAUGGAUGAUUGAUUUCCUCCCUGACGUGACCAAAAAUACCCUUUUCAAAACACUGGGCUGGACUUUGGCCUUUAACUUUAACCUGUUCGUCUCAAGUGCAUUUGUGUUGUAGAAAUAUCGGUAGCAGACUUUCCAAAACCAAUUGCAGGACAAUGGAGCCCUUUGUACCUUAUGAAUUUUAUUUAAUUUGUCAUUAGGUACUAACUUAGACCAGCAGGGAACUUCUGAAGACUCAUGAUGUCUAAUCUGUAAAAGCUAAACAGAGACUGAACAUUGAGUGCUGUUACCCUUCCUUGUGUAUUUUAUAUUGGGGAUAUUAAUGCCAAUCACAUAUUUCUGGAUGCAGUAUUUUAAAAACUUUAAAUGUUAUUUUUUAAAAGAAUAAAUAUUUGAAAUAUUUUGUAGAUAUUUUGUGGGACCAGAGACUAUAGCAGGUGUUCAUUUUAUACAAACAUUCCCGAAACACAGCAUCUGGUUCUCAAUCCGUCUCCAAAUUCCCACUUUUUCCCGCCCUCAGCCUUGCAGGGAAAUUUCACAGGGACCUUAAAAACAUUUCUCCUUGCCCUCACGCUUGUUUCCGAGUCGAAUAAAGCUGUUGACGUUUCAGUGAAUAAAGGUGUUUUUGAAACGAG